AUCAGUUCAUACACUUUUAUAUAAUAAACACACAUUUAAUACAUCAGAUACUACUAUAGAUAAUGCUAGGAUGUUCCGAGAUACGAUCGAUUAUUCCUAUGGCUUUGUUAUCCCUAAUAUUACCUUUGUCGUUCAAUAGUACUGGUAGGACAGGGGGCAACACCGGCAACACUGACGACGACGGCAAAUGUGAAUUGAUAGGGACAUUUUCACUUUUCACACAAGCAUUCUUGGGACUACUUUGUAUUUCUUCUUUGAUGGUUAAGAGGUUUUAUGAGUAUCCCAUUAGAAGAACCUGGCCCGUGUGGGUUUUCGAUGUUGCCAAACAAUUAAUUGGUGCAUUUGGAGUCCACAUGUUUAAUGUGAUCUUGUCUAUGGCCAAGACUAGCGACGAAGAAGAUUUUAGGAGAAUACUACAGACAGACGAUGAAGAAACGCAGGAUCCUUGUGAUUGGUAUUUCUUGAAUAUUGUAUUUGAUUGUACUAUUGGGGUGUAUAUUCUUUAUCUUGUGUUCAAAUUGAUGAAUCGUAUAUGUAAGAAAUACUUCAGGAUAACCCAAAUUGAAUCAGGUGAAUACGGACCUGAUCCAAAUAAUCCUUCUACAAGAGCAUUUUUUAAACAAUUAGGAGUCUAUUUUACAAGUCUAAUGAUUACGAAAUUUAUUCUAUAUGGAAUAGUCGAAUGCUUUGAAAAACAGCUACUUUGGAUAACAAGUCAUAUCUUACUAGUUUGGUUGGAUGAAUAUCCUGAUGAAUUUGAAAUCUUCAUAGUGAUGUUUGUUGUUCCUAUAUUCAUGAACUGUUUGCAGUUGAUAUUGAUUGAUAACUUUAUAAGAAACCAACUAUGGAUAACUACAAAUAAAAGGAUAAAGCUUGAGUAUCCAAAUUUCAGGGACGAUACCGAAAGUGUAUUGCGACAAGAGAUUGCCGAAAUAUUGCAGGAAGAAGCAAGAAGGGAGCUGCAAGGUGAAACUACACCUAUAGGUAGAGAAUCUCGAACAUCACCAAAAACUUAUGGUACGAUAAAUUAAUAUUUUAUAGAAAACACAUAUAGUCUAUUUACAAAGUCUAUAAUAUAUACAUGCAUAAGGUUCGACUUGUAAACAAAUCCUGUCUAAGUCUUCUUAAGCUUUUGGAAUUUCAUUUGGCUUGAAUCCAUAACCAAUCAUACAAUCGGUAUAUUGCUUGAUGACAUCGGCACAUUUCCCACUUUCCAAUCCUUUGUAUAAAAGACACUCAUCACGUAAUUUACGUUCAUCUAAGCAAACACAACAUGGCUUUGGUCUUGAUUUUUGUUCUUCAGUGGACAUGGCUUUGAAUAGUUACGGGGGGUGGAUGAAGAUGAAGAUGAUU